AUGCUCAGAUCUACUUGCCACUCCAAUUUGUCCCUCAAUGUUAUGAGAAACACUAGAUUGUUCAGCGUUGGUCGUAUAAUCAAUCAGGACUUUCCGUCAUUCGAUCAUUCACUGCUGAACCCUCUUUCGAGCAAGAACCCUACAUCCAAGAGUGACCAACUCUCCCAGAGUCUGAAUCACGAUCACAAGCAGAAAUCCAAACCUAGUUCUAAUGUACCACGCGGAUUUGCUGAGUUUGCACAUAAUCCAAGGGACGAUGCCCUGGGCUCAAGAUUGACAGGUGUCGUCGCUGGAAGAACAGUAAAUGUUUUUAACAGUGAUACUUCCAACGCUUUCAGACAACUCAAUGGUAUAAUGUUUGCCAACAAGAUCCCACAGGAUAGCAGAAACCAACGGUUUUACAUGAAACCAGGUAAAGUGGCAGAAUUAAAGAAAUCACAAAGGCAUAGGAGAGACUUUAUGAAGGGUUUCAAGAGACUGAUUGAAAUCGUUAAGGACGCCAAGAGGAAGGGCUAUUAA